AUGGUCAACGGACCAAGAUAUAGCGCAAGAGAUAAAGGCAAGCGACCAUUCGAACCUGCAUGGCAAGAACAACAGGUUAUCUUCCCGGUAGUACGCAGGGGUCCACGCGCCACGCGCCACGUCGUCAUUACCGGUAUUAUCGGUCAUUACGAAACAAAAUACAUAUUCAUUGAUCCGGGAAGUACAGCUGAUAUCAUCUACGAGCAAUGCUUUAAUCAAUUUGACGAUGAAGAUAAAGCGAGACUCGAGCCGGUUGACUAUCCUCUGUCAGGAUUCUGUAACGAAAUGGUCUUCCCACUAGGCCAAAUCAGCUUCCCCGUCACGCUGUCUGGCGGAAAGCAUUCGAGAACCACAGAUGUCAAUUUCAUGGUAAUGUCGGUCAAGUCAAGGCAUGAUGUUCUGAUCGGGAGAGAAACCCAAGGCGAGCUAAACAUGGUAACCUCCACACCCCACUCAGCCAUCGGGUUUCCAACUGAGACAGGUGUGGCGAUUAUAUAUGCAAAAAAAAGUAAUGUCUGCAGAGGAUACGCGCCUAACCAGAGCGACGAAAGUUUCAACAACUGA